AUAGGAAUCAAUUUUUUUUACCGAUCCAUACCAAUGGAAGAAGUCUCAGCGUUAAAGGAGCGUAUUGAACAAUUGCGACAAGAGCAUGCAUCGCUGGCCGAUAAACUUGGUGUGACAGAUGAAGCCGUGGACCAAAGUUUUCGCAGACGCAUUGGACUCUUGCAUGAAUAUAACGGGCUGAAAGAUAUUGCUCUCAUGCUUUUGGACAAGUAUGCUGGUGAAACUUGUAUGACUAAGAAAGAAGUAUUUGAAAAAUUCGACCUCGAUAACGAAGUUGAGUGAAUGUCUCCGCGAGGUUAGAAGAGAAAUACUCCUGUUUGUUGGAUGAUUUUUAAUAAAUC